GAACUAGAAAGCAGACAGUACGAGACGCCAGGCUUGCAUUGUGAGGCGGUGACAGAGCUGAAAGGGAAGUGUUUAACGUUACAAAUGUUUCGUCUUGGGAGCUCCGUGAUGCUCAAAGAGCUGCUACAUUCUACCGUACGAAAUUCCGUGACCGGUGGCUUAACCUCUAAGGCUCUCCGCAGCCUAGCCGCUGCGGUACCACCCAAGCUUAGUCCCUGGCAGGGUGACGGCGGAGGUGGUGGCAUCAGCGGCCAGAGAUGGUGGUUGGCGCCUUCUCAGAUAACGCAGGCCAGGGGCUUUUACUCCAAGACAGACGGGACAGCGGGCGACGAAAGCAGCCAAAGCUCUGCCGCCGGCACCGAUCCUGCAACCAGUGCCCCCAAAGACGACAAAAAGAAUAAUCAAGGACUUUUACCAAGUCUUGAGGAUUUGCUCUUCUAUACAAUUGCUGAAGGACAAGAAAAAAUACCAGUUCAUAAAUUUAUCACCGCAUUAAAGUCUACAGGACUGCGUACAUCUGACCCAAGGCUGAAAGAAUGUAUGGACAUGCUAAGAUUAUCUCUUCAAACCAUGUCAGAUGGUGUCAUGCUGGAUAAAGAACUCUUCAAAAAGUGUGUUCAAAGCAACAUUGUUCUGCUCACGCAGGCAUUUAGAAGGAAAUUUGUCAUUCCUGAUUUUAUGUCCUUUUCCUCUCACAUUGAUGAGCUUUAUGAGAGCGCCAAGAAGUUGUCUGGUGGAAAGGUUGCUGAUUACAUUCCUCAACUGUCUAAAUUCAGUCCAGAUUUAUGGGGAGUAUCAAUUUGCACCAUAGAUGGUCAGAGGCAUUCAGUCGGAGAUACCAAAGUCCCGUUUUGUCUCCAGUCAUGUGUGAAGCCCCUAAAAUACGCCAUUGCAGUAAAUGACCUUAGUACAGAAUAUGUCCACAGAUAUGUUGGAAAAGAGCCCAGUGGGUUAAGAUUCAACAAAUUGUUUCUGAAUGAAGAUGAGAAGCCACAUAACCCGAUGGUGAAUGCUGGUGCUAUUGUCAUCACGUCUCUGAUAAAGCAAGGAUCUGGCAAUGCUGAAAAAUUUGACUAUGUCAUGCAGUUCCUUAAUAAAAUGGCUGGAAAUGAAUAUGUUGGAUUUAGUAAUGCAACUUUCCAGUCGGAGAGAGAAAGUGGUGACCGCAACUUUGCUAUCGGAUAUUACUUAAAAGAGAAAAAGUGUUUCCCUGAGCACGCUGAUAUGGUUGCAACGCUAGACUUUUAUUUCCAGUUAUGCUCCAUCGAGGUGACAUGUGAAUCUGCCAGUGUCAUGGCUGCCACACUGGCCAAUGGGGGAUUCUGCCCAAUAACUGGCGAGAGGGUCCUGAGUCCAGAAGCCGUCAGAAACACUUUAAGUUUAAUGCACUCUUGUGGAAUGUAUGACUUCUCGGGACAGUUUGCGUUUCAUGUGGGCCUGCCAGCGAAAUCUGGAGUGUCUGGUGGAAUCCUUCUGGUUGUCCCCAAUGUCAUGGGCAUGAUGUGCUGGUCUCCUCCUCUGGAUAAACUGGGGAACAGUGUCCGUGGCAUUCAGUUCUGUCAGGAUUUGGUAUCUCUGUGCAAUUUCCAUAACUAUGAUAACCUAAGACACUUUGCAAAGAAACUUGAUCCACGUAGAGAAGGUGGUGACCAACGGGUGAAAUCGGUCAUAAACCUUCUAUUUGCCGCAUACACCGGAGAUGUUUCUGCCCUGAGAAGGUUUGCGCUGUCAGCAAUGGAUAUGGAACAACGUGACUAUGAUUCUCGUACAGCUCUGCACGUUGCUUCAGCAGAAGGUCACGUAGAAGUUGUACGAUUUCUUUUGGAAGCCUGCAAAGUAAAUCCUUUUCCAAAAGACAGAUGGAAUAAUACACCUAUGGAUGAAGCUAUGCAUUUUGGACACCAUGAUGUUGUUAAAAUUCUCCAAGAAUACCAAAACAAUUAUAACCCCCGUGAUGAGCCAAACCAAGAGAAGCAAGAGCAGACAGUUCAGAAGAACCUGGAUGGGCUGUUAUAACUCUCAGCUGAAGCAAUCUUCAUGUAUUUGCACUUGUUUAAGCUGUAGGAGCUGAUAAAGAGUGUGUGAUACUUUUUUUCAUAACGUUGAUGUAUAUUUUAGAUGAAGUCUUUGUGUUUCAGUGUUAUUUUUCAAGUUGGACGCUCAGGAUAAAAAUUGAGGAAAAAAGCAACAAAGCAAAGCCUCUCUUUUUAGCCCCUUGCCCUGCCAUUGCGGACUCCA